AUGCUGUCUCCGUUGAAGCCGUCUGCUCCGUCAGCUUCUCUGCUGCGGUUUCUGCGCUCGCAAUCUGGCUUUGCGAGUGGUCCCGCAGCAUGUGUGCGGCCCAGACCUCGGGCGCCGUGUCAUGCGGCCCUGACGUCGGUAUCCCGAAGAACUUCAAGCUGGGCACGCCAGGACUCAUGCCAGAAUCACCCGACUCUGGACUGCACAACACCCUACCUAUCCGACGUCAGGCCGAAGCCAUCGGCGACAAUCUCAUCAUUAGGGCCGCUUACGCUCACCCGAAAUGCCUCCACUACUCGUCGCCCAUUUCUCCGAAGACUGUUUGAUCUUAAACGCGGCAAGACUGCCGACCCUAAAAGUCAUCGCAACCAAGGUCCCGCGACGACAGAUGAGGGAACCGACGGGUUGUUCAAUAUCGGCCGGGGACUCGCGGCGAAAGCCUCAAAUGAGCUUCGGAUUCGGUGCACGGAAUUCGACAAGAAUGGAAACGUCACCCUGGUCAAUGGAGAGUUUCGCAAGUCAGAACUGAUAGCCAAGUACGGCCUCCUCCCUCGUGACCUACGCAAGAUCGACUCUUCCACCCUGCCUCACAUCCUCAUCCGACCGAGCGCGAUCCUAAUCAACCUGCUGCACCUGCGUGUUCUUAUCAAAGCCGAUCGUGUCCUUGUCUUUGAUGCGUACGGGUCGACCGAUUCGUAUAUGCAAUCACUUUUCAUUUAUGACCUCGAGGGAAAGUUGCGCCAGAAGCAAUCUCAGGUCGCCCAGGCUGGCCAGGCGCUACCUUAUGAGUUUCGCGCUCUGGAAGCGGUUCUCAUUAGUGUCACCACUGGCCUGGAGGAAGAGUUCAACGGAGUCAGAGAGCCCGUCGUUCGAGUUCUUCGUGCCCUGGAAGAGGACAUUGAUCGUGACAAGCUUCGACAUCUCUUGAUCUAUUCCAAGAAAUUGGGUACUUUUGAGCAGAAGGCUCGCCUGGUGCGAGAUGCCAUUGAUGACCUACUCGAGGCGGAUGAUGAUCUGGCGGCCAUGUACCUUACCGAAAGGGGGACUGGCAAGGAACGCGAGGAGGAUGAUCACCAAGAGGUGGAAAUGCUGCUAGAGUCCUACCACAAAGUCUGCGAUGAAAUCGUACAGUCCAGCGGCAACCUUGUCACCAACAUCCGAAACACCGAGGAAGUUGUGAAAGCAAUUCUCGAUGCCAAUCGCAAUUCACUCAUGCUCCUCGAUCUGAAGUUCAGCAUAGGUACCCUUGGUCUGGCCACAGGAACUCUCUUCUCCGCCCUCUACGGAAUGAACUUGAAAAACUUCAUUGAAGAGUCUGAUUUCGGCUUUGGUGGUGUCUCUGUUGUCUGUUUCGCUAUGACUGGGGUUGUUUGCCUGUACGGACUCGCAAAACUUCGCAAACUGCAGCGCGUUCGCAUGUGGGGUGAGUCUGGGGUUGGUGGCGCUUUGUCGCCUAUCUCUCCGAGACAGAGCAUACUUAACAUUCACCGCAACUGGCGUGCCGAUUCCAUUGAGCCUGCUUGGGGAAGCUUGCCAGGCGAGGCCCGGUCGGAGCGUAUAAGGCGACUUCGAGAAAACGCAUUCGCGGCUGCAGCCACUGCAGCAUCGAGAUUCCCCGAUACUGCUUCCGCCACGACGACAGCCUCUGGUUUUGACAACGCACAUCAAACCUCGAGCAGCAACGAAAACCAAAAGAGAACCGACGCUGCUGCCGAUUCCGAUAUGAACGGCAAGGUCUCUGCCUAA